AUGAAGUUCGCAAGCAGCUUCGCACUCGCGUGCCUUUCUAUUGCAAGCGUCGAAGCGUUCGUGCUACCACCCCAGCAUGAAUGGAUGAGAGCACUCGGUGCUCGCGCAAACAUAGCCGAGUCUGUGAAGCGACAAAUUGAGGUUGGAGGUGGUGCCCAGAAGAAAAACUCGACUCGACAAGAGGGCCAGAAGCCACAGCGCCAGAAUGGUGGAGGCUUGACCAUCGGAGGACUCAACUUGGGUGGUGGCCAAAAGAAGAAUGGGACUGAGCAGCAAGGACAGAAGGGACAGCGCCAGAAGGGCAGCGGCUUGACUAUCGGAGGUCUUACUCUUGGUGGAGAGGGUGGAGGGAUCAGUGCUGGUGGUCUGAAUUUGGGAGGCAACGGCCAGCAAAAAGGAAAUGCGACAGCAGCAGCGGGCGGGAAGAAGCCAAAAGGCAAGGGUGGGAAGCCAGCUGCUGAGGCAAACAAGCCAGCUGCUGAAGCAAACAAACCAUCUGCUGAAGCUGAAAAGUCCGGAGCAAAGGCCGCAGAAACUGCAGCAACUGGGACUGAGCAGGCAUCGACCGAAAAGGGAGCUGGUGCCGGCACAGAGAACCAGCCAGGACGCGCUGAGGGAGAAGCCGCAAAAGAGGAGGCUUUGAAAGAGGCAGCAAAGCAAGGCCAGGGUGAAGCCGCUCAGGCAGAAAAGUCAAAUGGCGUCAAAGCAACUGAAGAGUCGGAACGGUUCUCGGAGGAGAGCGGCAUUACCGUUGACCAAGCUGGCAAUGCGCAAAACUUGGGUGGAAAUCUUGGGAUCACUCAAGGCUCAGAUGGAAGUAAGUCUGUUGGAGGUGAGAACGGCAUCAACAUCGCUGCGAGCGGUGAGGCUACGGUUGCCGGUAACGACGAAGCCUACAUGGCUUUCCCACCAGCGAAGCGUGUAUCUGCCGACUUCGAGCCCUUCCCUUUCAUUAUGCCUAGCUCACUUUGCUCUUCGAUCAUGUUCACCGCACCUUCCUUCACGGUGAACAUGCGUGCACGUGCUCGCACUCUGCGCCACGCGAUGUCGACUCGCGGCGGCAAUGCAGAGGCUUCGCGCGCUCACUCACGCUCACCCACAGAGGAUCCUUACAGCCCUAGCCUGACCGACGCUGAGACAAUUGGAGACGACGAAGUCAAAGAGCGCGAAUCUGAUGGCGAGGACCCUUGCAAGCAUCGCAUACUGCUGACCUUCGCUGAGACGCGGAUCAUGGAGCUUAAAGGAGAAUUGGUCAAGAUGUUCGACCGCGCGAAGGCUGCAGAGGAACGAGCACUGGAGGCGGACAAGACCUUGAUCAGUACUCAACAUCGAGAAGUUCAAGUCCUAAGCGAGCAGCUUGAGAAGGCCAUCAGAGACAGGAGUACUAUCUCGGCGGUGCUUGAAAUUUCAAGAAAGGAGACGGAAGAAGCGCAAGAAGAGGCAGCAACAUGUCAGGCAAAGCUACAAGCUACGUUGGCAAGUAAAGAAGAGCUGGUCACCGAACUCCAGGAAGCUCGCAAUACGAGGCCAAGCAUCAAUCAGACUGCAGUGAACCACCUUCAUGCCACUAUUACCGCUCGUGACGCCAAGAUCGAGCAGCUGGUCGACAAGUACGACAAGUUGACUACUGAGCACUUCAAUCUGCUCAAGCAAAUUAACAAAGAUGGAGAAGAGACUCUGUAUGCGCGAGCGAAAGCCGAGAAUCAAGCAGCUGAGCUGAAGGAGCUUCGCGCGAGUUUAGCAGCCACAGAAACUAAGCUCGACUGGUACAAGAAUGAACGUACUCGCUUGCUCGCCGAGAACAGGUCUCAUGCCGAUGACCGGCUUUUCGCCACCUCUAGCAUUUUCACUGAGAAUACCAAACUCAAGGAAGAAAUCCGGAACCUCAAGAAGGAUAUUGCGAACAACAUAACCGAUCUCGAUCUUGCUGAUGCUGACUGGCGCGUUUUCACUUGUCGUCAUGACACAUUCAACGCAAUCCCCGACGGUCGGAACAGCACACGUGAAAAGACAAUGCGUGUUAUAGCCACCGAGAUCUUCCUGGACCACGCCAAUGAUGCAGAGUUCAUGAGGGAGUACAACGAUUCAAGAGCCGUGAUAUUGAACCACCAUCGGGCACAUGAGAGAGUUAAUCAGGGUCGUGGCGAUUGGGCAAGCAACCUCAAAGACGAGUUAUACCAAGUGGACCAGAGGAGGGGCUUGGUUCCUACCUAUCGUUGA